AUGCAUGCCUCGGUGCCAGAUCUCGUCCCUCGACGCUUCACAAACCCGACGAACAGGCAACUCGAGACAAGACUCAACACCCCUUAUUAUGACCUACCGUGGUACCACAAGUGGCUACGCCGUCAGGCCCGAGCCCAGCCUCAAAGACUGUUCUUCUCCCUGCCAGACGUAAAUCUCGAAGAUGACUCGGCAUGGGAUGCUCACUUCCUGCCGCUAUGGUGUAGGAUCCGGGCCCUUAUCCUCCAGCCUGGCCCAACGAGCAUCGACGCGAUAUCCGACGCUCUCGUUCUCGACAAUCUCGUCGUCCUCAAACAAGACUACGACGCGAUGCAGUCCGUUCGGGACCUCGUCUUCUCUGUCCUCGGCUGGCAGACGAUGCUCUACAAGCCCGACUUCUCAUCCUACUUGAGCGGCGGGUACACGCUGCUCGACGAGAUGGACGGCUGCAACGGCGAGUCCCGCGUCUGCCUCAACCAGUACGGCCUCUCGAGUAGGAAUAACCUCGCAGACUUUCUCCUCGGCUUCGGGAUGAUGCUCCCGCCACGAAACCACUGCGCCAUGCCUGACCCGGACGAUCAGCUGCUCUUCAGUGGGACCAAGACUAUCCUUGUCAAGGACGUCGACGCCCACGUGCUGACAAAGGUCUGCAACGUUAGGAUCCAGUGGGUCGACUCCCUUUCCUGCCACCUCGAGCUGAAUAGGCAGUCGGGGACCCUCUACGUCUUCCGAUACCCGUCGUUUUGCCUCUUGGCACUCAAAGAGUACAGGUCGCAGACGAGGAACGAGAGUGCAGGCGGUGGCGGUGGCGGUAGCGUACUCCAUCGCUGCGGGAUCAUGCACCACUCGGACGCCGGCGUGCCGUGGGGAAGCGAGGAGGAUGUGACGGCCCUCCUGGCUGAAAUCAUUCUCUCCUACCGCCUUUUGUUUGGCCAGAGCAAGCGGUCGAGGGCGGCGUUCAGGAGGCUGCGCCCCUUUGCCAAAAUUCCCCCAUCGGAACAUGACAAAGUCCUCGGGCAGCUGUGCGGCAGGAAGCGGCCGUACCUGCUUUUGCACUCCGGCGAUGAUGGAGUUGUGGAACUUGUCGAGAGGGACGAGUACGACUUGGCCGGGGACUUCCCCCACCUGCGGAGCAGGCUGGCCCGCUUGAGUGCGCACGCAGCCAGCAGGAAGCCGAGGUCUAUACGCCAACUAUGGCAGGAUAAACGGGACUCGACAGCCUGGCUAGCAUUCUGGAGCGUGCUCAUCUUCGGCUCUGUGAGCAUCGUGCUUGGCCUUACCCAAACUGUCUUCCAAAUACUCUCAUAUAUCAACGAUAUCAAGAACAAUGAAUGA